AUGGCCAUGGAAGAAGAAAACAAGCAUGAAACUAUUCGGCUCUUGGCAGACUAUCCCCCUACAGUGUGGGGCUACACCUUUGCUUCCAUUUCUUCUCAUGAUUCAUUCUGCAUGCCUAUUAGAACAUAUUAUAAAGUAUAUUUAUUCCGAAGUAUUUUAGAAAGGAACAUUGAUGUGGAGGUUUGUCUUGAAUUAGAUGUGUUUAACAAAUUCAAGGACAAAGAUGAAGGAUUCAAGAAAACUAUCAAUAGUGAUGUGAAAGGCCUUCUUAGCUUAUAUGAAGCUACAUUUCUAAGUACACAUGGAGAAGAUAUUUUAGAUGAAGCUCUUGCCUUUACAAGGAAACACUUGGAAACCUUAAUUCCACAAUUAAGUCUUCGUAUUGCAAAUCAUGUGAGAAAAGCUUUGCGGCAGCCAAACCACCAUGACAUAGACAGAAGACAGGCGAGGGAAUACAUAUGCUUUUAUGAAGGAGAAGAGUCACGAGAUGAAUCUCUUCUCAAAUUUGCAAAGCUGGAUUUUAUUCGACUGCAACUAUUAUAUAAACAAGAGUUAGCAUCACUCUCAAGGUGGUGGAAAGAUUUAAAUCUUGCAGAAAAGCUUUCAUAUAUAAGUGACGGAAUUAGCGACGGAAUUAGCGACGGAAAAAUUCAACAGAUUGCUAAUUAA